UUAAAUUUUCGCCGUAGCGAUAAAACAAAAUAAAACAGAAAGUCAGGCUUACCCUUCACAAAUGUGUUCAUUUUAGCAAAAGAGUUGGGGGAGGAAGGAGAAGGCCAACCAAUCCAUGGGGCUUCUCUCGUUCCGUCUCCUUAUCAUCUUUUUCCUCUCAGUUAUAAUUGCAAGAGCUCCAUUGGGAGACGCAUGGGGGAAAGAAGGGCACAUCAUGGCCUGCAAAAUAGCAGAGCCGUAUUUGACGGAGAAGACGCUGAAGGCGGUGGAGGAUCUCUUGCCGGAGGUGGCCGCCGGCGAACUUUCGACGAUGUGCCCGUGGGCUGACCAGGUUCGGUUCCGGUAUCGCUGGGCUAGCCCUCUUCACUAUAUCAACACUCCUGAAGUAUGCAACUACAAGUAUUCAAGAGAUUGCCAUAAUUCAAAAGGGGAACAAGGAAUGUGCGUGGCAGGAGCAAUCAAUAAUUACACUAAUCAGCUCUAUAGCUAUGGAGACCCAUCGAAUCAGUAUAAUUUAACUGAAAGUCUAAUGUUCCUGGCACAUUUCGUGGGGGAUAUCCACCAACCUCUGCAUGUGGGAUUUGAAGAUGAUGAAGGUGGAAACACCAUUGUAGUCCACUGGUACAGAAGGAAGACUAACCUUCAUCAUGUAUGGGAUUCCAGCAUGAUACAAACAGCAAUGCGUGACUAUUACAACAAUGAUCUUGAUACCAUGGUUGAGGGAAUUAAGUUAAACAUAACUAGUGGUUGGCCAGAUGACGUUGAGACUUGGCAAAGCUGCGGCAAUAAAAGAGCAACUUGCGCAAAUGAUUAUGCAGAAGAAAGUAUACAGCUAGCUUGUGAUUAUGCAUAUAAGGAUGCUGAACAAGGUUCAACAUUAGGAGAUGACUAUUUCUUCACCCGGUUACCAAUAGUGAAAAAGAGAAUCGCACAGGCAGGUCUACGAUUGGCUUCAAUACUUAAUCGAAUUUUCGACAGUGGGAACAACAAAGAAAUCCAGAGUUACUAAGAAGAGUAGAUGGCUGAUAAAACUCAAUAGAGCUAUCUAUAAAAUGACAUGAUUUUCAUUCAAUAAAAGGCAAUUAUAAGUUGCUUUUGUUGUAUUAUUACUAAUGUAGAAAUAAAUGUUUUGUUUGUUUAGAACUUGCAUUGAGUGUGGUGUAGAUUAUGCUUAUUGGAUGAAGGGGCCAUUUGUUUGGCUCAAAAAGGAAUACAAAGUAAUUAAUUUCAGUAUUGUU